GGUCAAAGUGCGCGCAGAUGACAGUUCGAGGCGGUGCUUUCAGGCUAUGCUUUAUUGCUCGGGAGGGGGACAUUACUGAGUCGGGCGUGGGAGUCAGGCAAUCUUUCCUAUUCUAUCUGGAUAAAUGAAAGCUGACAACUAGACCACUUUAUUGCAGCGUCCAUCACAGACUGUCUCGGGCAUCUUGCUGCGUCUAAAACUUUGAAUUGUGCCCCCUCGCCGAGGAGCACUCCAACCCGCUCGAAGAAGAACGACGGCCGGACAACGCUCAUCAUCGCGAAAUAUAGACGCAGGCAGCAUGUCCGCCCCCACAGACCCAGAGGUGAAGGAGCUGAACCCAGUCGACUUCAUCCAGCUACAGCAGUACAUUGACUACUGCACGCUGAAGGUUAAAGAUGUGCUGAGGGAAUUUGAUGCAGAUGGCAGGCUGGCCCAGCACAGACAUGGAGAGUGUAUCAAUGAGGAGGGCUUCCGUCUCUUCCUGAAGACCUAUCUGGAGGUGGAGGACUUCCCUAAGGAUCUCUGCCAGCGCCUCUUUCGAUCCUUCCAGAGCGGAACUGAACCUGACGGGCAGGACAAUGCUAAAGAGGUAUUUUUGAAGGACGUUUCGUGUUACUUCUCCCUGUUGGAGGAUGGCCAGCCCAGAGACAAGCUGGAGUUUGCUUUCAAACUGUACGACAGAGAUGGCAAUGGCGUCCUUGACAGCUCCGAGGUGGACCGGAUCAUUGCUCAGAUGAUGCACGCUGCAGAUUACCUCGGUUGGGAUGUGUCUGAGCUGAGACCAGUGCUAAAGGACAUGAUGACGGCCAUCGACGCAGACAGCAGUGGCACGGUCUCUCUGGAUGAGUGGGUGGAGGGAGGAAUGAACAACGUCCCCCUGCUGGUGUUACUGGGUCUGAAGAUGACUCAGAAGGAUGGGCAGCACCUAUGGAGGAUGAAGCAUUUCAACAAGCCUGUCUACUGCAACGUGUGUCAGAGCAUGCUGCUAGGACUAAGGAAACAGGGGCUUUGCUGCACCUGCUGUAAAUACACGGUCCAUGGACGGUGUGCCAACAUAAACCCAGCUCCCUGUACCAGGACCUAUGUCAAAUCUAAGAAAGACACAGGGGUUCCAACCCAUGACUGGGUCAGUGGGAACUGUGACUCUGGGAAGUGUGACAAGUGUCAGAAGAAGAUCAAGAGUUAUCACGGGCUGACGGGAAAACACUGUGUCUGGUGUCACUCCAUGCGCCAUGAUGACUGUGCCUCCCAGGAGCCCUCCGACUGUAACUGUGGACCUCUCAGAGACCAUAUCCUCCCCCCCUGGGCUAUCUACCCUGUUAUAAAGGAGAGGUCAAACAGCAUAAAGAACGUCUCCUCAAGCUCAGCUGACGACAGUGACCACAACACCACUCCUGAUGGACAGGUGCUUCAGAUUAAUCCGGUACCAGACACUCAUCCUCUUCUAGUGUUUGUGAACCCUAAAAGUGGAGGCAAGCAGGGAGAAAGAGUUCUGCGCAAAUUUCAGUAUUUGCUGAAUCCACGGCAGGUGUACAACCUCUCCAAUGGUGGACCUGGACCGGGGCUGUGCUUCUUCAGAUCUCUGAAGGAUUACAGGAUCUUGGUUUGCGGAGGGGACGGCACUGUGGGCUGGAUACUUGAUGCCAUAGACAAAGCCAAUCUUCAAGUGCGGCCACCUGUGGCUGUGUUACCCCUGGGCACAGGAAAUGACCUCGCACGUUGUCUUAGAUGGGGAGGAGGUUAUGAUGGGACAGAUCUGUGUCGUAUCCUGAAGGAGAUUGAGGUCAGCACCCCGGUGCUGAUGGACCGCUGGAAUGUAGAGGUGAUCCUAGAGGACCCCCAUGAGACAGGAGACCCUGUGCCUUAUGAGAUCAUCAACAACUACUUCUCCAUCGGAGUGGACGCCUCUAUUGCCCACCGUUUUCAUACGAUGAGAGAGAAACACCCCCAGAAAUUCAACAGCAGAAUGAAGAACAAGUUGUGGUACUUUGAGUUUGCCACCUCAGAGACCAUCUCCGCUUCGUGCAAGAAACUGAAUGAAUGUCUUACAAUUGAGUGCUGCGGCACCCCAUUAGACCUGAGUGGCCGUUCUAUGGAGGGGAUCGCUGUCCUCAACAUUCCCAGCAUGCACGGUGGAUCCAACCUGUGGGGAGAAGCAAAGAAGAGUGAAUGCAAGUGCUUGAUGAAUCCUCAGGAAAUGCCUGUGGUUAUUGUUGACCCUGAAGUCUUGAAAGUCAGUGGACAAGACGUCAGUGACCGGCGUUUGGAGGUGGUUGGCCUCGAAGGGGCCAUGGAGAUGGGACAGAUAUAUACAGGACUUAAGAGCGCUAUACGACUAGCAAAAACCUCCCAGAUCACAAUCAGGACGAAGAAACCUUUACCGAUGCAGAUAGACGGAGAGCCCUGGAUGCAGCCACCCUGUACGAUUCACAUCACACACAAGAACCAGGCCAGUAUGCUGAUGGCUCCCCAGGGCCGGUCCAGCUUCUUCAGCUCAAAGUAGUAGCCUGCUCCCCUGGCUUCAAGCUGUAACAUGGCUGGCCUGUAUACACUUGCUUAUUAUUGUACAUUUUGUUAAAGGCCCAGUGCAGUCAAAUGUGAUUUUCCUGUGUUUUAUAUAUAUUUCCUCUCUGAGGUUAGAGUAAUAUUGUGCAAAUUAUUAUAAUGUCCUUUUAGUGCAAGAGCUGUUUGAAGAUACUGCCUAACAUUUCUGCCUGUUUUGCUGUGAAGGAGUUUUGGCCAUGGUAGUAAGUUAGCGAAUAGACUGAUAAGAAAUAGUUCCAAACCUCUCUGUCAGUGUCAACAGAUGUGGUAAAGAGGUCAAUGGAAGUUGACCAAAACAAGGAAAAUGCCAUGGAAACACGGUGGGGUGGAGAUCCUGAAAAAUGUGCCUACAUUUGCAUUUAUGCUAUUGUUUGUGUAUUUCACACUAUGUUGAGGUAGAAAUAGGAGUAUAAUGCUUGUAUGGAUGUCAACCCCAAUACAUGUUAAAUCAAAUCAUCUUCACCAAUCAAGUCCUCAAUCAACUUCAAUAUAGUUGAAAACAACUUUGAUUACCACCACUGAUUUCUGUGUGCUUCCAGCUUAUACCAACCGGACUUAGCAUUUAGCAGUCACUUCUUCUAAACCUGAAAAGGGACAACUUAUUGAUGUUAUGCAGCUAAAACAGCCAAACAUAUCCAAAUCCAGACUUCAGUAACCAGACUUAUCCAGACUUCAGUAACUUCAGUUCCAUGCUUCCUCUGGAAGCAACGUCAGCAGAAGAACUGUUUCAUUGGGAGAUUCAUGAAAUGGGUUUCCAUGGGCGAGCAGCCUAAGAUCAAAAUGCGCAAAGCCAAGCGUUGGCUGGAGUGGUGUAAAGCUCGCCACCAUUAGAGCAGUGGAAAUGCUUUCUCUGAAGUGAUGAAUCACACUUCACCAUCUGGCAGUCCGACGGACUAAUCUGGGUUUGGCAGAUGCCAGGAGAACUCUAACUGCCCGAAUGCAUAGUGCUAACUGUAAAGUUUGGUGGAGGAGGAAUACUGGUGUGGGGCUGUUUUUCAUGGUUCGUGCUAGGCCCCUUAGUUCCAGCGAAAGGAAAUCUUAAUACUACAGCAUACAAUGACAUUCUAGACGACUCUGUGCUUCAAACUUUGUGUCAACAGUUUGGGAAAAGCCUUUUCCUGUUUCAGCAUGACAAUGCCUCCGUGCACAAAGCGAGGUCCAUACAGAAAUGGUUUGUUGAGAUCGGUGUGGAAGAACUUCACUGGCCUGCACAGAGAGGCCUUACCUCAACCCCAACGAACACCUUUGGAAUUAAUUGGAAUGUCGACUGCGAGCCAGGCUUAAUCACCCAACCUCUCUAAUGCUCUUGUGGCUGAAUGGAAGCAAGUACCCACAGCAAUGUUCCAACAUAAUAAAACAUAAUUCGAUAUAUCACCCAGCCCAAAUUGUGGGCCUGUUAAAAUGCAUCAAUCGUGACGGAUUUGACGAAUAUCCACUUUGUUAGAUCAGAUUUGUUGGUUGUCCACCAAUCCGGCAUCCUCCUAUCCCCCGUGGUCUGCAUUCCGUUGACCUCUUUAUCGCAUCUAUAACAGCUCAUUGUCAGUUUUCCCCUCCCCACUCAGACCACUCCCAGACAGUCCACGCAAAAUUCUUGCUUGAGGAAUUGCCCUUUACUUAGAAGUUAUUUUUGACCAUUUUAAAUGAAAACACCACAGUAAGGUAUUUAAUUGCUACGUAGAAAUGAUUUGAUAUUGAGGUAAAAACGGUUACAUUGGACCUUUUUAAAUGACUGAAGCAACUUGGUUUGUCAAACAGUUGGUAUGUGCAUGUUUUAGAGAGAUGUUGACCAACAUUUUCAGAAAGUUCAGUAGGUAUGUUUUUGUUCUGCCACAAUGCAAGUCUAUAUUAUGAAAGCCUUACAAACUACAGCUGUAGAUUAACUUGAUGUCCACAGUUAUAUAUUUAAGCUAAGAACUUAGUGUGCCUUUUGUCAUAAUUUAGCCAAAUUCAUCUAAUGCAUUUUCUAAUUUGUUAUUCUAUUUUAGUAGGAUCAUUUUAAAUGUGUGUAUGUACAGUACCAGUCAAAAGUUUGGUCAGUUUGCGUGUGUCUCAUUCAAGGGUUUUUCUUUAUUUUUACUAUUUUCUACAUUGUACAAUAAUAAUAAUGAAGACAUCAAAACAAUGAAAUAACACAUAUUUUUACUGUUAUUUUACUGCUGCUCUCAACUGCAUUGUUGGUUAAGGGCUUGUAGAGAGAAUGCCAAGCAUGUGCAAAACUGUCAAGGCAAAGGGUGGCUACUUUGAAGAAUCUAAAAUAUAUUUUGAUUUGUUUAACACUUUUUGGUUAAUUCCACAUGUGUUAUGUAGUAUUUAAUUGUUUUCACUAUUAUUCUUCACUAUUAUUUGACAAUGUAGAAAAUAGUAAAAAUAAAGAAACCCUUGAAUGAGUAGGUGUGUCCAAACUUUUGACGUGUGUGUGUGUGUGUGUGUGUGUGUGUGUGUGUGUGUGUGUGUGUGUGUGUGUGUGUGUGUGUGUGUGUGUGUGUGAGAACUGAGCAAAAAAAGAAACGUCCCUUUUUCAGGACCCUGUCUUUCAAAGAUAAUUCAUAAACUCCAAAUAACUUCACAGAUCUUCAUUGGAAAGGGUUUAAACACUGUUUCCCAUGCUUUUUUCAAUGACCCAUAAACAAUUAAUGGACAUGCACCUGUGGAACGGUUGUUAAGACACUAACAGCUUACAGACGGUAGGCAAUUAAAGUCCCAGUUAUGAAAACGUAGGACACUAAAGAGGCCUUUCUACUGACUCUGAAAAACACCAAAAGAAAGAUGCCCAUGAUCCCUGCUAAUCUGCGUGUACUUGCAUGAGGCAAGGAGGCAUACGGACUGCAGAUGUGGCCAGGGCAAUAAAUUGCCAUGUCCGUACUGUGAGACGCCUUUGACAGUGCUACAGGGAGAUAGGACGGACAGCUGAUCCUCGCCGUGGCAGACAACAUGUAACAACACCUGCACAGGAUCGGUACAUCUGAACAUCACACCUGCAGGACAGGUACAGGAUGGCAACAACAACUGCCCGAGUUACACCAGGAACGCACAAUCCCUCCAUCAGUGCUCAGACUGUCCACAAUAGGCUGAGAGAGGCUGGACUGAGAGCUUGUAGGCCUGUUGCAAGGCAGGUCCUCACCAGACAUCAACAACAUCGCCUAUGGGCACAAACCCACCGUCGCUGGACCAGACAGGACUGGCAAAAAGUACUCUUGACUGACGAGUCGCGGUUUUGUCUCACCAGGGGUGAUGGUCAGAUUCGCGUUUAUUGUCGAAGGAAUGAGCGAGGCCUGUACUCUGGAGCGGGAUCGAUUUGGAGGUGGAGGGUCCGUCAUGGUCUGUGGCGGUGUGUCACAGUAUCAUCGGACUGAGCUUGUUGUCAUUGCAGGCAAUCUCAACGCUGUGCGUUACAGUGAAGACGUCCUCCUCCCUCAUGUGGUACCCUUCCUGCAGGCUCAUCCUCACAUGACCCUCCAGCAUGACAAUGCCACCAGCCAUACUGUUCGUUCUGUGUGUGAUGUCCUGCUGUGUUCUGCCAUGGCCACCGAAGAGCCCAAAUCUCAAUCCCAUCGAGCACGUCUAGGACCUGUUGGAUCGGAGGGUGAGGGCUAGGACCAUUCCCUCCAGAAAUGUCCGGGAACUUGCAGGUGCCUUGGUGGAAGAGUGGGGUAACAUCUCACAGCAAGAACUGGCAAAUCUGGUUCAGUCCAUGAGGAGGAGAUGCACUGCAGUACUUAAUGCAGCUGGUGGCCACACCAGAUACUGACUGUUACUUUUGAUUUUGACACCCCCCCCCCCUCCCCCUUUGUUCAGGGACACCUUAUUCAAUUUCUGUUAGUCACAUGUCUGUGGGACUUAUUCCGUUUGGCUCAGUUGUUGAAUCUUAUGUUCAUACGAAUAUUGACAGUGAAAGGACUUUUCUUUUCUUGCUAAGUGUGUGUGUGUGUGUGUGUGUGUGUGUGUGUGUGUGUGUGUGUGUGUGUGUGUGUGUGUGUGUGUGUGUGUGUGUGUGUGUGUGUGUGUGUGUGUGUGUGUGUGUAAAUAUGGUCAUUGAAAGUCUAGAUUUUUCUAGGAUGUAUUAAGCUAUGAAAUAUUUUGAAUUGCAAUGCAUAAAGCUUGUGGUAAUAUACCCACAAGUCAUAAUUAAUGCAGAUUGUAUUUGAAAUGAUUAUGCGCUCAUUAGUGCUUCUGUAUGUAAGCAGGAAACCCUUUGCCCCAAUGUCCUAAGACCAAACCACAUUGAAUUGUUUUAAAAGCAGACCUUAAAAUAAGCUUUUAGUUGUAAUAUAUUGAGUGACCGUUUGGAUUGAAAACGAAUUGUUUACUUCUCUCUCAAUGCAAGGCAUCCGUUUAUCUUAUUGAAUAUAUCUAAUUGGAGGUUAGCCAUAUCAUAAAUCCUGAGAAUGUUAAAAAAUAUUUCAAAUGAUGCUGUAUAUAUUUCAAUAAACCAUCAUGACAUGA